UCUAAACGUCAUUUUCUGUCAGCUGUCAAAAAGUGAGGUUAUAUAAUGGAUGUGGAUUCGGAAAGCCCUGGGACUUCGAUUGAUGAAAAUACAGAGAACUUCUGCGACAAUCCAACUCGCGAUACUUUGGCCGAAGGUCUUAUGGGCUUGAUCAAGCCCACGGUUGACCAACUGGACGAACGUGUACGAGCCACAAGGAUCUCUCAACUUGAACUGAAGCAGUGUAUUGAGACUCUCUGCGAAGAAUUGAAGAAAAUCAACGAGAGUCAACAAUCUACUGUUGAUCUUGAUGCUUAUGUUAAGAAACUCAUCAACGCGAAACAGAGAGUGACUGUGUUAUCAAACAUCUUGCAGAACGUCCAAGACCGUCUUAACAAAGUCCACUCGUCGAUCGAAAAAGAAACAGUCAAGCGGAAAAUAAUUUUGAAUAAUACCAUAGAGGAUCAGAGUCCUUAA